UCCUCGGGCUGUUCAGUCCACCUCCGUCCCCCGUCAGACCUCCAUCUCCGUCCGGACUAACCGAGCGCACUUCUACGUCUACUGAGAGAGCAACGCCCGAAGAAACAUGGAGGCCAUCAAGAAGAAAAUGCAGAUGCUGAAGCUGGAUAAGGAGAACGCGAUAGACCGGGCCGAGCAGGCUGAGGGGGACAAGAAAGGAGCGGAGGACAAGUGCAAGCAGCUGGAGGAGGAGCUGUUGGGUCUGCAGAAGAAGCUGAAAGGAGUGGAGGAUGAGCUGGACAAGUACUCUGAGUCGCUGAAGGAUGCCCAAGAGAAGCUGGAGCAAGCAGAGAAAAAGGCUACAGAUGCUGAGGCAGAGGUGGCGUCUCUAAACAGGCGUAUCCAGCUGGUGGAGGAGGAGUUGGACCGAGCUCAGGAGAGACUGGCUACUGCUCUCCAGAAGCUGGAAGAGGCUGAAAAAGCUGCAGAUGAGAGCGAGAGAGGAAUGAAGGUCAUAGAGAACAGAGCAUCAAAAGAUGGGGAAAAAAUGGAAAUCCAGGAGAUGCAGCUGAAAGAGGCCAAACACAUCGCUGAGGAGGCCGACCGCAAAUAUGAGGAGGUUGCUCGUAAACUGGUGAUCCUGGAGGGUGAUCUGGAGCGCUCAGAGGAGCGGGCCGAGGUGGCCGAGGCGAGAGUGAGGGAGCUGGAGGAGGAGCUCAGACUUAUGGACCACAAUUUGAAGUCUGUGAUGUGCGGAGAGGAAGAGUACUCACAAAAGGAGGACAAAUAUGAGGAAGAAAUAAAAGUUCUUACCGACAAACUGAAGGAGGCUGAGACGCGCGCAGAGUUCGCAGAGAGAUCUGUGGCCAAGCUGGAGAAGACCAUCGAUGACUUGGAAGAUGAGGUGUAUGCUCAGAAGCUGAAGGGCAAGGCUCUCAGUGAGGAGCUGGACCUGGCCCUCAACGACAUGACUACGCUGUAGCUGCUCUUUCACUUCCUCUUUGCUCCUUCCUGUCUGAGAUAUUCUCCACCUGCUUCUUGUUGUUUUGUUUCAUUCCACAGUGGUAUCAGGGACUGGAAGAUUCUAGAAAUGCAAUGUGCCGAAUCCACCCGCCUGUGUUACACAGCACUAGUCUUUGUACAGGGUUAAGUUAUUGCUCCCCCAGUCACUGCUGUGUGUCUGCAGGUUCAAUUAGUUAACAUCUUCUCUUUAUUGAAUAUUCCCCCUCUGUAAUAAAUGUAUUAAAGCUCUGUCUACUUUUC